GAACACGGUAUAAAAACUUUUGAUUUUUCUCAAUGUGAAAAAAAAAUCAUCGGAAUAGGUGGAUUUGCAAUCGUUUAUUCUGUAACUUUCGAAGAAACAAAGUAUGCAUUAAAAUCUCUAAAUAAUAACUUGCAUUUUGAUCGUGAAAUGUUUAAUAAAUUCAAGC